AUGGAUGAACCCGUUCUAGAUUUAGGCAUAUUGUUCUGCAUAAUUUUAGCGUUUUAUCUAUUUGUAAGGCUGUUAAUAGUUGUAUUUGAGAUCCGUGACUACGACGAGGAGGAGGCAGGGAACUACUAUGACUAUGAGGAAGCCGAUGAGUACUACUCUGAUGAUGAUAAGAUGAUCGAAUUGACGGAAGUGGUAGUGGUUGUAGAUGAAGAGAAGGUAAAAAGAGUUACUCAAAAUUGCACUGAAUGUACGAUUUGCUUGGAUAGUUUUGACGUAGAGAUCAAUAAAAGCCAUGAAAAAGAGGGUAGUGAGAAAAAGGAUAAGUGGGUUUUGAAGGUAUGUGGUCACAAGUUUCAUGGAAAUUGUAUAAUUACAUGGUUUAACCAUGGCAAUCUCAUGUGUCCUAAUUGUCGUAGGAUUCUACCUAAGAUGCGUUUUCCGUUGAUAUAUCAUGACGAAAUAAGCAUUGAAGUAUAA